AUGCUGCCAGAUCUCUCUCCACAUCUCCACACAGCCGAAUGUAACUUCUUAAUACAAUUGCUGCACAACUGUUGGAAUGAAAAUAAGAUGCGUAAGUAGGUGUAAAAAAUUCUGAUUUAUGGUUUAGAGAAGUAUCUAGGCGCUUGCAAUUAUUGGGAUGAGGCAGUAUGGCAGUGUACAAAACAGGAACGGAUUUGGAGAAGGUACGAUUUGUUUUGGAUGUUUCAGCUUGAUGUUUAGAGACAAUAAUCCGAAGUAUACAAAGAGAUUGGUUGAAUUGAAGCGGUUGCCGGAAAAUUAUUAUACGCCGGCAUUAAGGAAACUCAAGGAAACUGGGGUUCUGCCGAUGGACACCGAGACUGCGGGUUGUAAGAUUUGA